CAGUUUCGUCGUUCAACAUGGCAGCGAGUGAGGAGAUUCGUUCCCGGACCAUCCAGGCUUUGUCUGCAGCGCAUGAAUUUGCAGAACUGUACCAUGAAACUUUUGACAAGAGGAGACAGGCCAUCGGCAAAGUGUACCAGGAUACAGCGCAGAUGGUGUGGAACGGCAACGCCCACACAGGCAAUGCAGAGAUCGUAAAGUUUUUCAACACGCUGCCAGCCUCUGAGCAUACUGUGGAGGGAAUGGACACCCAGCCUGUCAUUGCUGGUGUGGUAGGCACAGACAACAACUCCUCCAUCGUGAUCACCUUCUACGGAAAAGUCAAGUUCAAGGACACAGUGGCCAAAACUUUCAACCAAACCAUCAUGCUCUCGGUACAGGACAACAAGUGGAAGGUUGUCAGUGACAACUACAGGUUCAUCGAAUGACAGCUUCAGUGACAUUUAAUCUGUCAGUGACAACUAAAGAUUGAUCAAAUGACAGGUUCAUCAAAUGACAGCAUCAGUGGCACGUUUUACCUGUCAAUGACAACUACAGGUUUAUCAAAUGACAGCAUCAGUGGCAUGUUACCUACCAGUGACAGGUGGCAGUGAAAAUUCUGGUACCAAAUGACAGUGAUGAUAUCAUAUUGGAGCCAAGUAAUUACAGUGCUACUGAUAACAGUGAUAGUGUUUGGUGACUAUGGCAUCAAUAGCAAGUUACUGUUUUUAGUGACAAACUGCAGUAUGGGGGUAUUGAUGGAGAAAUUGGAGAAAGGGGUUUCGUGCCGUGGAUGAUAUUGUCUUCUGUCAUGAGUGAUUUCUCUUAUCUCUUCAGUUCCUGCAAUGCAAACAAACAUUGAAGAUUCCCUUACAGAAGUGCAGUCAGUAGGUAACUGAUCUGGUCCACUAUGCCGAAGUUCAGAGUAUGAAUCCAGGUGGCAUUCUUCGUAUUACUAUUAUUCUGGCUCAGUGGGAAUACUUCCUCGUACCAUGAUACGGGACCAAGUUUAUGCCUUAGUUGUGCAUAACAGGGUGUCUUAUCUUUGACAGAAACUUCACCUGGCUUUGGAAGCCAUUACCAGUUGCUGGGAAAUGAUUAAUGUUUUUUUAAUGUGUUAUUUUUGGUAAUAAAAUAGACAAAUCGAUCCAUGUCAAGAGCAAGAGUUUUGAUGCACGGACGGGUCGUGUUGAUUUUUAGAAUUUUCAUUUUUACUGUCCUGUUGAAUGACUUCUCUGUUUAAUCGCAUCACGCUUGAAGACUAAUUCUAUUUAAUUGCAGCCUCUCCAAAGUGACAUUGUCAGGACCAGGGAAAAAAAAGUCGUUAUAGAGAGGCACCCAAAAGUUACUAA